CAGGCUGCAGCAGAGCAGGGCGGGACAUUGAAGGCUGAAGGAGACUCGUUGGCCUUCAUUAACUGCGGGUCCGGCGCGCUAGAAGGCGAAGGGCCAGAACCGGGUGGCGGUUAUUACCCCCACUCCAUGCGCAAGAUGCUGGCCGCGCUCUCCCGUCUGUUUCAGGGCCCGGCUGCCCACAGACCGGGAGCUGUUAGUGAGGUUGCCCGUGUGGUUGUCACUUCCCGUAAUUUUGCAGAUUUUGCAACUGAAGCUACAUUUGAUAUUAAGAAACAUGAUCUUCAUCGUUUGGAGGAGGGUCCUCCCACCACAGCUGUACUGACUCGAGAGCAGGGUCUACAAUACUACAAGACUAUGCAGACUAUCCGGCGCAUGGAAUUGAAAGCAGACCAGUUAUAUAAACAGAAAAUUAUUCGAGGCUUUUGUCAUUUAUAUGAUGGUCAGGAAGCUUGCUGUGUUGGACUGGAGGCUGCCGUAAAUCGAACUGAUCACUUGAUCACUGCCUACCGGGUACAUGGCUUUACAUACACUCGUGGUGUUUCAGUUCGAGAAAUACUUGCUGAGCUUACAGGCCGGAAAGGUGGAUGCGCUAAAGGCAAAGGAGGUUCAAUGCACAUGUAUGCCAAAAACUUCUAUGGUGGUAAUGGUAUUGUUGGUGCUCAGGUCCCUUUGGGAGCUGGUAUUGCUUUGGCAUGCAAGUACUUCGGCAAAGAUGAGAUCUGUCUAACAUUGUAUGGUGAUGGUGCAGCCAAUCAGGGUCAGAUAUUUGAAACAUUUAACAUGGCAGCCUUGUGGAAGUUGCCUUGCAUUUUCAUUUGUGAGAACAACAGAUACGGAAUGGGUACUUCGGUAGAGAGAGCUGCUGCCAGUACAGACUACUACAAGAGGGGAGAUUUUAUUCCAGGUCUUAGGGUGGAUGGCAUGGAUGUUCUUGCUGUAAGGGAAGCAACAAAGUUUGCCGCUGACUACUGCAGAUCAGGAAAAGGUCCCAUUGUGAUGGAGCUACAGACAUAUCGUUACCAUGGACAUAGUAUGAGUGAUCCUGGAAUCAGUUACCGAACAAGGGAAGAAAUUCAGGAAGUGAGAAGCAAAAGUGACCCCAUCACUCUUCUGAAGGACAGAAUGGUGGACAACAAUUUAGCUAGUGUGGAAGAGCUAAAGGAGAUCGAUGUGGAAGUAAGGAAAGAGAUUGAAGAUGCAGCCCAGUUUGCUACAACUGACCCUGAACCAUCCCUGGAAGAACUGGGCAGUCAUAUAUAUUAUAAGGAGCCGCCCUUUGAGGUGCGUGGCCCAAAUCAGUGGAUUAGGUACAAAUCUGUUGGUUAAGCAAGGUCUUAAUCCAACAGCUAGUUAAAAUGGAUGGAUUUUUUUUACUGGUGUUUAACUCUUGCAUCUGUUCAUUUGACAGCAAAAUAGACAUUUUAUUUGUGUAUAGGAUGUGGGGCAGGAAGGAAAUUCUAUCACACAGCAAUCUGAAAGACAGCUGCAUAAGAAGGAAUGAAUUAAUGUUUAUUAAUUUAUAUAAUCUUCAAGGUGUUCUAAAUUGCUGUAUUUAUGAAAAUUAUUCAGCUAAAAUUGUGUUAUGUACAGUAAAAAUUGCAUAUUAAAAUUUCCUGAACAGUCA